AUGCCGUACAGGCCCAGCACCUCGGCGAAAAUCAGAAUCAGCACGAUCCCCACAAAGAGCCGCAAAGCCCACGGACAGGCCGCAGCUGAGAUGCAUGAACCCGUUGAACAGCGUGUAGUUAGUGCUGGGACUGAGGCCUCCGGCGAUCAGCACGGCCACGACAAGCCCGUACACGGACAGAAUGCCGCUCAUGACGACGGGGAUGAGCGAUCUCAUGAUCAGUUCCGGCUUGAACGUGCCGAUUCCAGAGAUUCCUAUGCCCGACUUGGCGGUGCCGAUUGCUGCGCCGGCGCAGCUCAGAACCAUCGCGGCGCAGCAGCCGGCGAACCCAAAGAACGGCGCAAAGGCGGGCGAGUAUUCGGACUCGGGCAGUGUCGACCUGGCGUUAGUGGCAGAGGGGGUAUACUUACAUUUUGA